UCUUGUCCAAUAACGGCUCAUUCUAAUGUUGGGAAUGAUUAUACAUUUCUGCAGCCCAUCCUGCCUUUUCUGCAAACAUUGCCUGUGCAGCUUGUUCUUUUCUAAAUGAUAAGAUUGCAUAGUUUUCCAGUGAGAGAGCUGUAAUUGUGCCGAUACAAGAAUUCCUCUUGAAAUUAUAGCGUCCGUCCUUCCACCAUGUGAUCUCUGCAUUCUGCUUCCUCUGCUGACAAACUUGUUUGACCUCCGUGCAUGCUGAACUGCAAACAGCGGAAUGCAUGGUGGGAUUACGUAUCGAGGAGCCGCCAAAGGAUGUGUAAUUCUGUCCAGAGAUUCACACAGCCCUGCCAGGUUCAGAACAAGAAUAUCUGAUGAUUCCUUGUAGUCAUUCCAUACCCAGCACACCUCAGCUUUACUGUGAAGAGACUCAGGGGAAAGCACUGGGACUACAGGAAUCGUGCUGGACAGAUUGGCCUUUGGAGCUACUACAGCUAUCGCCUACCUUGUGGGUGUGGAUCUGUGUUCAUCUCUGCUUAGUUACUGUUAGUCAGCAGCCAUGCCGGCCUUGUCUACUGGAGCUGGAAGUGACACAGGUCUGUAUGAGCUCUUGGCUACACUACCGGCCCAGCUGCAGCCACAUGUGGACAGCCAAGAAGACCUGACCUUCCUCUGGGAUAUGUUUGGUGAAAAAAGUCUCCAUUCACUGGUAAAGAUCCAUGAAAAGUUACAUUACUACGAGAAGGAGAAUCCGCAGCCCAUCAUAAACAGUGCCACAGCCUUGGCAGAAGAUCUGGCUGAAGAGCUGCAGAGCAAGCCCCUGAACAGCGAGAUCAGAGAAUUGUUGAAGCUGCUGUCAAAGCCGAAUUUCAAGGCCUUGCUGUCAGUACAUGACACAGUAGCUCAGAAGAGCUAUGACCCGGUCCUUCCUCCCAUGCCAGAAGACAUUGAUGAUGACGAAGAUUCAGUGAAAAUCAUUCGGCUUGUGAAGAACAGAGAACCUCUGGGUGCAACGAUAAAGAAAGACGAGAACACAGGAGCCAUUGUUGUGGCCAGGAUAAUGCGAGGAGGAGCUGCUGACAGAAGUGGUCUUAUCCAUGUGGGUGAUGAAUUAAGGGAAGUCAACGGAAUAAGUGUAGAGGAUAAAAAGCCAGAAGAAAUCAUCCAUAUUUUGGCACAGUCUCAAGGUGCAAUAACAUUUAAAAUCAUACCAACUAUCAAGGAGGAAUCACCAAAUAAUGAAGGAAAGAUGUUUGUUAAAGCUCUCUUUGACUACUAUCCUAAUGAGGAUAAAGCAAUUCCUUGUAGAGAAGCCGGGCUCGCGUUCAGAAAGGGAGAUGUACUUCAGAUCAUGAGCCAGGAUGAUGCAACUUGGUGGCAGGCCAAACAAGAAGGUGAUGCCAAUCCCAGAGCUGGAUUGAUCCCUUCCAAACAAUUCCAAGAGAGGAGAUUUGCACUAAGAAAGCCGGUCAUCCUGACACAACCACAGAAAAUCUCCAACAGAAAAUCAUAUGAGGAAACUGUUGAGUAUGAGGAAAUUGAAGAAGAUGCAGAAUGUGCCGCUCAUAACUCUGGGACCUAUCUAGCUGGUUUUCGGAGAAGUUUUCGUCUCAGCAGGAAAGACAGAAAAACAAAUAAAUUCAUGUACGAAUGUAAGAAGAGCGACCAAUAUGAUACAGCAGAUGUUCCUACCUUUGAAGAAGUGGCAUUGUAUCAACGACAGCCUAAUGAGAAAUACAGGCUGAUAAUCUUGGUUGGACCAGUGGGUGUUGGAUUAAAUGAACUGAAGAGGAAAGUGUUGAUCAGUGACUCCCAGCACUAUGGAGUAACAGUACCGCAUACAACUCGAGGAAAGAGAAGUCAAGAAUGCGAUGGCGUGGAAUACAUAUUUAUCUCCAAACACUUGUUUGAAGCAGACAUACAAAAUAACAAGUUUAUUGAGUACGGCGAAUAUAAGAACAAUUACUACGGCACAAGUAUCGACUCUGUACGGUCUGUGAUGGCCAAAAACAAAGUCUGUUUGCUGGAUAUACAACCCAGUAGCAUAAAACACCUAAGGACCUAUGAGUUUAAGCCUUACGUGAUAUUCAUCAAGCCACCAUCUAUUGAACGCUUGCGAGAGACGAGGAGGAACGCCAACGUGAUCUCCAGCAAAGAUGAGCGGGCAUCCUCAAAACACUUCACAGAUGAAGACUUUGAAGAAAUGAUAAGAUCAGCACAGCUCAUGGAAACCCAAUAUGGCCACUACUUUGACAAAAUUAUAAUAAACGAUGACCUCACUACAGCACACAAUGAACUCAAAUCCACUCUGGACAGGCUGGAGAGAGAGAGCUUCUGGGCCCCUGUAAGCUGGCUCCAUUCCUGAACUCUGCAGCACCAAGAGUUUUUAUUUUAUGUUAUUUUUUUAAAAAUCUGUACAAACGACAAGCGCGUCGCAGUGGGAUUCCUCAUCCACUCUGGCUGAAUUAAUUUUAAGUCCUGGUUUGCUUAUGUUUUCCCUCAGAGAUGGCCGAAAUCUUUUCACAGAUGAGACAUUUUGUAUGUAAAGAGUAUGUACAGAGCAAGUCAUACAGGAAGUAGAUUUGGUACAGUAUGUGUGUUUUGUUGGUACAGUGGACUUCUUCUAUGAAGUGUCUGACUGAAGAAACUACUGUGUAUCUCACUUAAAGUAAACCUUUACAAACAGCCUUUCUUAACCUUAACCUUAAUAUGGAGGAACCCUUUAAAUAACUUUUUGGUCUCAGGGAACCUCUGCUAAUAUUUCUAUAUCUACGGCUCAUGAUACAUUAGCGUUCUGGUCAGUGAGAAGAAUGCUCCUUACAUUUGUGGUCAUUGGGAAGAAUCCCCUUCUUA